AGAUGUUUGGCUCCGGCUCCAACCCGGCGCCGUGUGGGUCGAAGGCGGAGGAGUUGAAGAUGAUGCUGGAUCAAGACGGAGAAGUACUUGCUGGCCGAAAUCGCAGACUGGUCGAAGCUCAGAUCUCCAAGAGAGAGGAGGAAAACAAGAAGAGACUGAGACGUUGUGGUCUCGAAGGUGUGCAGCCAAAGGUUACAGACUUUGCUGCCGAGUCCUUUGAGGUGCUGAAGCCUCAAGACCCAAAGGUCAUGAUGCGGCGUGCAGAGGCCGAGAAUUACGACAGUCCCUACUUUAGGUACAGCAAGAAGGCUGCCGAAGGCGAGCAGGUUGCUGGACGAGAGCGCCUUCAGGCUUUCCCAUUCCACCUUGAGAACGGUGGAAGCAUCUUCAACGGCGACAGGGCUGAGCACCUUGACAAGGGUAUCUCGCUACUUCUGUCGAUCACCGAGCUCAGGGAAUCCGUGCUCAAGGACAUUUCAUUCAAUGAUCAGAAGAGCCUUGCGCUGACAUGCAAAACGGCCUUCGUGGCGGCUGGGCACUUUUACAUCGGCAAGAUGGACGAUGACCAGAGUCCCGUCGUUGCUGUGAGCUCGCGAGUGUCCUUGCUCGCUGAAAGGAUCUUUGGAAGGGAGGGUCUCGCAGAAACCCAGGUCCUCAGGACGACAAACCCCCAGGGUCUCACGCGCGACAGGCUCGUCCGCGACAAGAUGAUGCCACCUUCAGAGCCGGUCUUUUUGUACACGGAAGGCAGCUCGGAAGUCGACCACAGGGUUGAGACUCGCACUGGAGCCCGUCACAUCAUGAUGACGGCCGUACCUCUCAAAGCUACCCCAGAGACCUACAAUAGGUCCCCCCGCCCGACAUAUCAAAACUCUUAUUUGCACAUGUGGCGUGGCUUCGAGGCUAUCUACAACGUUGGCGACUCGAUCGAGACACUGGACAUCUCGUGCCAGCCCAUGCUGGUACCUAGCCACAUCUAUUUGGUGCUGACGGCUACGCCCAAGAUCAAGCGUCUUACUCUGCGGAGGAACCACUUGCUUCGCAUCUCGGACACCCAAAAGCUAAUGGAAAUCGUCCAUCAGCUUGUACCAGGCUGCAUCCUCGAUUUCAGCCCCUAUUUCUUCUACGGAGCCCUGCACCGAGAGGUCGACAACAAUUUCGACAUUAGCAAGGGCUCUUUCGGCCUGACUUGGGAAGAUUCCGGUGUAAAGACGGAAAAGGUAGUGGCCGUCUUCCUCAUGAAGAUGCGUGCCACCGAAGCAAAGCUCGGCAUGCGAGUCCUGGACAAGGGAAUGUGUCUACGGGACUUUCUGAACCGCCUGCCGCUGCGUCCAGGAACUGUCGACAGCAUCAUCAAGUUCUGGGACGACUCCGAAGUUGGCGUGACCGACGGCGUCAUCUCCUGGGACCUUCUCCACCGGAUCGUUGAGCCGAACGCUGCGAUUUCGUGGGAAUACCAGCUUCUAGCAUGCCGACACUGCGAUAUCGAGAUGCCCCAAUUCCUCAUGCAUGCCGGAAACUCUUGUGCAUUCUGCAGCCUCGAAUUCUUUGCAAACGCAGAGACCGAUCGCUACCGGCACGAGAAGGAGGACAUUGCCAACUCGCACCUCGACCUGAACGACCUCGUAGAGUCCAACACAACCCUGGGCAGCCUCGUCUGCGCCAAGGAGCUCCCCGCCGUCGCGUCGACCGAGAAUGCCGUCGUGGUCAAGGGGUUCUGGGACAAGUCCGUCGGCCCGUGGACGGCGGUCGACACGUCGCGUCCUGAGCUGUCGCACCUGAUGGAGCCCGUACUGCGCUGCCGGAGGCUGUACAAGAUCCGGCUCCGCGACCUCUCGUGGGCGUACGACAAGCAGGUUUGGAAAUGGGCGCCCUCGGCCGAGUUUGCCAUCAACUGCCGCAAGGCGGGGUUUCGGGAUCGCGGACCCGGCGACCACGAGUUCUUUCCCGUGCAGCACGACAACGUCUUUCGGAACCAGUGGCGCGUCGACGUCCACACGGGGGAGUCGUACCAGGUCGCGUUCCUGCCUGACGAAUUCGCCUACAGCUCCCAGAGGUUCUACUCCCGCGCCGGGGAUUGGGAGCAGUCCCGCAUCGACUUUACCAAGACGGACAAGGAGGUCGAGGAGGAAAAGUACAGGCAGAUGUACUCCCCCUGGUGAGCAUGCUUGCAAUGCACAUCUUUGACAUGGGGGGCUCUUUUUUUCUGGUCAUACUUCUUGCAAUUGGGGGGACAAAAAGUGAUACUGCCAUUGUUUCGAUCUGUUUUGAUACCCAACUAGAUUCCUAUUCGCUCAGUCGAUUUCGAUUUCCUUUGUCAUUGCUCAUCGAUUCAUCCCCUUUUUUUUGUUCUUCUUGAUCAACAAAACGCCCGCUGAUGGCUACUCGGUUCAUACCCUUUUUCUC